AUGCGCGAGGAGGAUUGGCCUCUGAGCAGCUGGAUUAUUUAUAGUACAUCAGGCAAGGUUAACCUAACAGAUCAGCAGGCCCAUAUGCAAGACAUGCUGCGCGCUUCUAUCACCCGCAUCCUCGAGUACCUCGUGUUCGAAAAUGCGUAUCCUGACUUGGAGCAUCGGCGGAAGAUUACGGGGGACAUUUUGCUCGCAUGCACCGACGAUCGACCUGAAUUUGAGGCUGUCAGGUCACGAUUGAUGAAGGAUGCAAAAUAUGUACGAGCCCUGGCUUCAGUGCCUGAAGGUCGUAUCAGCCAUUUCCGGAACAAUGUGCGAAAAGUGGCUCAAGCGCAUGUAGCGAGUCACUACGGUCUCAUCAAAGGCGCUGACACGAAGGUCGCUGACCUCUUGAAAAAAAAUAUGUUCAUAUAUCCUGUCAACAGUAAGCCGUACCAGGCACCUGCCAUCCUGGACACCAUAGCGGAGGCCUUUUUUGUUGACAAUGCGAGCGUCGGAGUUAAAUUUCACGAGAAAUUGGUGUCGACUGUCGAGGAUCGUCUGGACGAGAGGGAGCUUCCAGUUGCUAUGGUUGCUCUCGCAGGAACAGCGGUGCGCAGCGUCAUCAUGCAAUAUUCAUCCGAAAAAUACGACCGUGAUUUUAAUUGUGAAUUAUAUAGCGGGAUCUACAAAACACUCGUAGGUAUCCUGAAUGGUAUCUUUGACACUAGUGAGCGCAAGUACCACGUACUGAUGCAUUCUGUCUAUAAAACUGUCUAG